AUGGGUGUUCGUGUAUACAUGGAGACGAAAAAGGAAAACAAAAGCCUAGGAACAUAUCCGCUAUGUAUAACAGUGCGUGAUUUCAAUUUGGAAUUGAGUAUCACCAAUUCUAACACAGUUGCAGGUUCAUCUGGAACACUGAAGUUAAUUGAUAUUCCAGCAUCUCCGGCGAUAGUGAAAUAUGAAAGUAUAAUAAUAACAGAAAGUACACCAAGUGUUACUGAAGUAGGCCAAGUAUACCAAGACAAGCAGACAAUUGCAAGUGCAAUGAAGUACUAUUCUGUCAUGAAGAAGUUCCAAUUUAGGGUGAAAAGAUCUAGUGCUAGAAGCUACUGGCUGGUAUGUGUUGGUGAAAAUUGUACAUGGCACUUCAAGGCAACUAGCACAAAUGAUUCUGCAAUGUUCAAGGUUAGAAAAUUAAACAGCUUGCACACAUGCUCUUUGAUGGACAGUACAUUCAUACAGCGCAAACCUACUGCCAUGUUAGUUGGUAGCAUGGUUAUUCCAAAAUAUGCUGAUCCUAAGACAAUUUACACACCAAAAGACAUACAAACUGAUAUGUUGUCUGAACACGGCGUGAACUUAACAUACAUGCAAGCUUGGAGAGCAAAGGAAAAGGUUUUGGAGUUUUUGAGAUAUCAUCGUGCUGACUCCUACAUUAAAUUGCCUAGUUAUUUGUAUAUCCUGGAGAAGACUUAUCCGGGGUCUGUAGUUAAAUUGAAGAAGAUGGACGAUGACUGCUUCUUGUAUGCAUUUGUUGUGAUUUUUACAUCAAUCAGUGGUUGGGAAUAUUGUAGGCCAGUUGUAGUAGUUGAUGGGACCUUCUUAAAGUCAGUAUACAGGGGAAUAAUGCUAACAGCUAGUACAAUGGAUGCAGCAGGUACCAUAUUACCAUUGGCAUAUGCUGUUGUUGAUUCAGAAAAUGACGCAUCAUGGAAGUGA